AUGAGUGGCUUCCUCAAGAAGGAUUUCCACAGCCGCUUCUUCCAACCUCCAAUGACACUGCAGGACAAGGUGGUUUUGCCCUCUAGAGGGAGCUAUACCAUCACCCUCCAGUUGGCAGCUGUGAUGUGCUGUGUGACAGUAUGCGGCGGGACCCCUGACCCCAGUCAGAGGGAGACGAUGUUGCACCAAGAGGACCCGAGGCAGACAGGAGGCCGUGUAAAGUUGACAGGGGCAGAGCAGCAGCUCAACACACAUUUUCACAAGCUAAAAGAACAAGAGAUGGCCGUAGCCCAGUUCCCUCCUGCCAUUCACUUCUUCAAGGCACGGCGCCACAUCUAUAGGAGUCCCAUCUUUAGCCUGCUGCAAAUGAUGCCCAAAGGGGCAACCCUCCACAUCCACAGCUUAUCCCUGGUGAGUGUUGAUUGGCUGGUGAAGAACAUCACAUACAGGCCCCAUUGUUACAUCUGCUUCACAUGGAGCAGGUCUGUACGGUUUGUCUUCUUUACCUGGGACUGCCUCUACCUGGACGAGCCACCACCGGUUAUCCAACCGAAUGGAAAGGUCCACCAGCUGGUCGAAGGUGAGGAUGGUAUCCCUGCAGGCCAACUCCCGACGGACAUCCUCGCACAGGCUGCAGCGGUUGUGGUCGAUAAGGGCCCUGUCGUACCAUCCCGCUACUGCGGCCAGGGUCCGAAAUUCCAGGGCAAACUCCUGGGCGCUCCUUGUCCCCUGCCUCAGGUGGAAGAGACGUUCACCUGCCGCUCUACCCUCGGGCGGGUGGUCGAAGACUGCCCGCCCGAGGUGAACUCCUCGAAGUCAUCCAACGCCGCAUCUCCUUCUCCCCACACGGCGUUAGCCCACUCCAGAGCUCUCUCCCGAGAGGCACGAGACAAGAGCGGACACCCUCUCCCUUCCCUCUCCCUUCCCAGGGUUUCCAGCUGUAGCAGGAAACCCUGGAACCGUGCCGCCGUCCCAUCAUGCUCUCUGGGAAGGGCGAGACGCAUCCCACUGGGACCGGGGUACCUGCUCCUGCUGACUCCAUGUCGUGACAAUGGGUAUGCGUUGGCACACCACCCACUGGCAAAGGAGCUCUCCAUGAAAGACAACGUGGCUAUGGAAGUAUGCCCCAUCUCAAACCAGGUGCUGAAGCUGGUGUCCAACCUAAGAAACCACCCUGCAGCUGUGCUGAUGUCUGAGGGCUACCCCAUGGUGGUCAGCUCUGAUGACUCGUCCCUGUUUGGGCCCACUGAGCGUUCCUAUGAGGUGUUUGUGAGCAUCGGUGGCUUGAGGGCUAACCUGGGCACUCUCAAGGAGCUGGCCAUCAACUCCAUAAGAUAUAGCUCACUGCCAUCACAGUUGAAGGAGAGAGGGCUGGCCAUGUGGCAGAGGAUGUGGGAUAAAUUCAUCUCUGAGAACUCAGACAGUAAUCCCUGA